UGCGGUCACACUAAACUCAUUAAAACGCGGAAAACAUUCAACUUUUUCGAAAGUAAAGCGUAAAUGAUCUGAAUUAAUAUUAAGGAAACAAUACAAACAGAUUUGUUUCGGCGGCAUUGAAUGUUCUAAAACCAAUUAUAUCAAUUCCCAAUAUGAGAUGGACCUGCAAGAGUUUCUUUCCCUGGAACGCCAGCAGUUGCAGAAGGAGCGCCAACGGCUAACCACCCAAAAGCCUUGCCCCGCUACCCAGCUAAUGACAUCCAAAGACUUUAAAGUGCAAUGUCGCAGGGCCAAGGAGCUUAAGGAGACCACUGAGUCCAAUGAACCCGCAACACAAUCGUCUUCCUUGGCAACCGAUUGCCAAAGCGAAGAAUUUCACUUGGACUUGCAGAUGGGGGAGGAGGAGCAUGAGGAGGUUUCACCCAACCCCUCUAAGUCUACCAAGGAAUUUGCGAAUCAGCGCCAGCUGCUCGUCGGCAGCGCUCGUCAGUACAAGUCGCCAGAUGCGUCGAUACGGCGCAAUUUGGAGAAUGAGCGACCGCUAAGUGAGAACCGCUUUCCUAUCCGUCCGUCGGAUGAUAUGGAGCAAUGGGUUACGGACACAUUUUAUUCGUACUUUCCCGGCUUUAACAAUGAAAAUCAGAAGCGGCAGAAUUAUUUGCGUGAGCGACAGCGCGAGAACCAGCAGAAUUUUCUCAAGCACCAGAUGCUCCAUCCGCCGGCCAACAAGCAUCUGCGACCGGAACAAUUGAGGAAGGCAUCACAACAGGCUGCGGUUCCAGCACAAAACCGCUCAAGCCAAUCUAGCACAAGCACCUCAAACCACAGCACAACGGAUAAGACUGACUUAGAAUUAAUUGUAAAUAGUAAUCCUAACUAUGUGCCGCCCAAAAUUCGGCCCGGCACAACACGUCAAAAACUUCUCCAGGAUCUGGGACAUGUGGAACUCUCGAAUAUUGUAACAGGUGAUGGAAUUAUGGAGCGUAAUCUUCGGAGUGCUGAGCUGGAAACAGCUCGCAAAAAGGAUUACCAGCGAGAUUUAAUGCAACAAAUUGACGAGAAACGUCGAUCCAUAGAAUUGAUAAGGGAGAAGGAGCGUCGUCAGGAGGAGGCUUUGACCAGACGACUAGAGGCACAAUUAAAGACAAUACAGUUGGAGGAACAGUUGGAGAAAGAGAGACUUCGAGCUGAAAGGGCUCGCAUCGACUCGGAACAAAAUCGCUUGAUGCGUGAGCAGUUGUUGGCCAAGCUGGAACAGGAUGCCCAGUUGCUGCAUGCCAAGGAGACCAACAAUCUAGCCGAAACUCCCAGAACAACUCGCAUUAAAAGCAAAAGUAAUAACGCCAAUAAUAUCAGUACAGAUAGUAACACCAACCGGGUGUAUAAAUACUUUAGUAACUCGGCACAUCACGAGUACAGACGGGGUCAGCCUUUGCCACCGGCCGUUGAGUUGGACUUUGAAGUGCCUCAGAUGGCAAAAAUCGAACGCGAGUGCUUUCAUCUUUGCGAAAAGAUUUGUCCGCUCUGUGACGAACCGUUAAGAAGCUAUGAAAGUUGCUGUCUGCGAUGCCAGCGGAAAUUGGCCCUCAAGCUAAAGCAAAAGGAGCCCAAGCGAAAUGGAGAAAGUGAAGAUAAACCGAGCGAAGACUCAGAAGAGGGAAAAGAGGUGGAGGAGCGGGAUAAUAAUAAAGAAGAAGAUUCCAACCACAACUGCCAGAGCAGUUACGCUCUGGUGUGUCACAAAUGCGAACGACUUUAUGCUAUGUGCAGCCAAUGCUUGGCCAAAAGCGAUGUCUGCCGGGCGUGCCAGCGGGAGCGGAAUGUCUGCAUGAAUUGUCGUCGUAACCUUUGCUCGUUUUGCUUGGAGGAGGUUGCCUGCGGAAGGGACACGGAGCGCACACAUGUUAAUGACAAGGAAAUAAUCAGGGAUCCGCCUUCAAAUAAUGCCUUCCAAGUCCUGGAACUAAACUAUGCUGUGCCGCCACCUAAGGAUACAACGGCCAGUAAUCCAGCAGAUGUUUCGCCUCCUUACUCCGUAAACAUUGCGCGCAAUUCGGUAUUCCAUGACGACUAUAAGCCGUCCCCUGUGAAGCCGUCUAUCCUAGAACAGCUUCCGACCACGUCGGGGAGUGCCAACACGAGUUUCGAUCUAGAUAGUGCCGAUGAGCAGGCUGUGGAGCGGGUGCGUCGACAAACGGAUCAGCGGUUAUCUCGUUACCUUAAGAACUAUGGCGAUCUUGCUACCAAACAGCACCAGAAGGUGAAACAGUUGGAGCUGCAGCGAAGCAAGAGCGAGUCCCGUCAUCGGGGCACUCAAACGACACCACAGUCGUUGGCUAGAAGGGAUGUUGUCCUUAGGGAGGCUGCUGGUCAUAAUCUAUCAAUGCCUCUGCUACGUGAGAUGCCCAAAAUGACGCGACAAGAGACAGGUACUCCAUUGGCUGAAAAUAGCCAGCGAAAGAUUGACAACCUAAAGAAACGCUGGGAGGUGCCUGCUGUACAAAAGUUCACGGUCUCAACAUCAUCUCCUAAAAUACUUACCCAAGUGGGAGCCAUAAGAAAACAGUUACAGGCGGCGCGAUUCUUUGAUGAUGAAGUAGAUCCGGAAGAUUAUUAAUGAUAGGUCAACCCAUCAAUUUUUAGAACAGAAAAAAUGAUUGCGUUGACUUUUCUUUUUAUCCAAACGAAUUUAAUUAUCUUUAAUGUCUUCACAUUUAAAACAGUUGCCAUUAUUAUUUCACACUAAUUUCAUUUUGUAAACAACUCAUGUAGGUAUAGCUUUUUAGUGAGCUGAUUCCAAGUGCUUCGGCUGUUUCAUUCAGCGACUUUAAUAUGUAAGCCAUAAAGUUUGUUAACAUGUAUUGUUCUUUUUUUAGUGGAAGUUUAUUAACUAUGAAUGAGUUACUUAAAAAAAUAUAAUUAAAGAAAAACUUAUCUAAA